CCCCAGGGAGGAAAUGAGUGGGUGAACAGGACUGUCCUGGGCAAAGGUCAUCAUUGAUGUUUCCAGGGAUUCAUUUGGGCAGGCUGCCAUGGACAGUUGGGCAGGUUGCAUCCUGCACAAGGGUGCCUGGCUAAGGGGGCAAGUGGGGCCUGAAAUAAGCUGUGUCCAAGGGCAGGACGGCGCUCACCCUUCCAGACUGCCCAGAGGUGCUGCUGCUCACCGAGCCCUGCACUCAGUGCCCUGUCUGCCAGAGGGCGUGCUUUCUCCUACAUUUAAAAAAACACUCGAUGUGUGGGAGCCUCAUCCUGUAGCCUCGUGGGCGCUGUCUGCAGGCCCCCAGCCAGCUUCUCAUUUCUCCUUCUCAUCCCUCUUCCUUUUGGGUGCCUCUCCCUUACUCAUUGUCCUGGGACAAGUCCAUAAAUGCUUCCUUUUUGAGGGUCUCUCUGUUGGACACAGACAGGACAGCAGUGUAAGAAAUGCACAUGAUCAAGGUUCUGGAAUCUUCCAGAAUUCUAAGGCAUUGACCCUAAUCCCUGGCUCCAGCCAUCUGUCUGGAAUGCUCCAGGUGGAGUGGGGUGGCUCAGCAAAUUGCCCCCUUUCCCUCAGGACCUGCCCCAUCAGCCCAUUUCUCUCCCCUCCCCUUUCCUAACCUACUCUGAGACCCCACUGAGGCAUCAUCGACUAAGAGCUCAGAGUCAAUGUACCUGGGAACAAGCCUUUAGCAGAAUGCAAAAAUCAGUGAGGUGGGGAUGCUUAGGUGAGGGCCUUCAGAUUUGGGCAACCGAGGCUUCCGUCUGCUUCCAAAUAUUUUGCCACCUGCGGCCCUUGGGGGUGAAAAUUUCUAUUCCCCAAGUUUUUGGUCACUGGGGAGUUGGAAGGGUCUGGAAGGUGUAACACCCAGCUACUCCCUAGCUCCAUUGCCACCCAUAGAGACAGUCUUGGCUGCCUGCGACAAGCAUCAGUGACAUCUGCCAGAGUCUUUCUCCAUCAAGAGCUGGCACUCACGCCUGAGCGAGGCAGACCAGAGGUUUGGGGGUGAAGUGCCCAGGAGCGGUCCUCAGGCAAUGAUAACAGGAAAAGGAAGAUACCUAUCCCAGCUGUUGUGCUGCACUGUCCCCCCAAGGUCCCCCAGGAGCUGGAGCCCCAGCUGCACAAAGGAUCGCCUCCCAGGUGAACUACUCGCACUCAAAUCCCUGUCUCACGGUCUCCUGGGGAAUCCAACCCGAAGAAACCUUGGCCCAAAGGGAGCAGCAGAACCCUGACCAGUCAUGAAGUGGCCGGGCUUGCACCCGAUGUCUUGGAGGGAGCAGGAGCUGAUCCAGAACCGGGCCCACCUCUACAAUCUGCUGCUGCUCAAGAUCAUCCACUUCAACCACUGGGUGUCGGGGCUGGCCCAGGAAGCCCAGGGGUCCUGCAGCCGGCGGGCCCACCCACCCCCAGCGGUCGCAGCCUGCCUCGUGGGCCGGGCUCUCCGGGCCGGGCUGGCCCUGGUUGAGGUCCCCGUGUGGCUGGUGCUGCGGGUGCCCAGGCUGGCUUGGGCAGGUGUGCUGGGCUGCUCCCGGGCCCUGGGCCUUGCCCCGCAGUGGCUGGACACCUGGGAGCAGCUGGGCCUCUCAGCAGCCACCUGGACAGACCUGCUUCUGUCGUGUCUGCACAGCCUGCUGCUGGCAGCCCUGUUGUUGCUGCUGCUGGCCUGGAGGCUGUGCUGGAUGGCCCACCGCCUGGGCCAGCUGCCCGGCAAGGCCCUGCUGGAGAACCGUGUGGUGCUGGAGCUCCUGGCACUGCCGAAGCGUCUGUACUGUCGGGUGGCGAGCCUGGUGGCACUCACCUCCUGGCACCUGGCCUACCUCGUCACCUGGACCACCUGCCUGGCGUCCCACCUGCUGCAGGCUGCCUUUGAGCACACGGUUCAGCUGGCCAAGGCCCAGGAGGCCAAGCCCCCGGAGGCCUCGGGACCCUUGUCCGAGCUCCCUCUCCCUGAGUCCAUGACCCCCGAGGCUGGGGCAGCCCCGCCAGAGCGUGAAACCCUCGGGGAAUAAAUGUAUC